UCUGCACCUGACCUGCAGGCCAUCACUCGCCCUCCAUUCAGAAUGUCUUUGCCCAACCCAGAGAACGCCUCCACCCUGGAGAACGCCAUGCAGCUCUUGAUCCAGACCUUCCACAAGUACUCUGGAAACGAGGGGGACAAAUACACACUGAGCAGGGCUGAGCUCAAAGAGAUGCUCACCGCAGAGCUCGGCAACUACCUGGGGAACGCUCAGGAUAAGGAGGCAGUGGAUAGGGUAAUGGGAGACCUGGAUUCCAACAAUGACGGAGAGGUAGAUUUCACUGAGUUCAUCAUCCUGGUCGGAGCUCUUACCGUGGCCUGUAACGACUUCUUCCUGGAGUUCAACGACAAGCCCACGAAGAAGUGAACACGCCCUCUGCACAAGGACGUCCACUCUGCAAAACACCCGAAAAGCUCCAGGGAGGAAACAGUUCGGACAGGAGAGAAGGACAUCCUGUCAUGGACUUCACAAAUACACACACACUCUCACACAUUAAAUGAUAGUCACUAGAGCAGUACAUGUUGGGUGUGUGUGUAUUUGUCUGCAAUGUCCAAUCAAUCCAUUCCUAACAGUAUUUAUUGCAAUGUGAACAUCUGGAGAGUUUAAGUCCAUUUCAGCACCUGUCAUUGUUACAUUCUUUUUUUCUGUUCAUGUAUUUUGUAACACAUUCAAAGCAAAGAAAAACCUCCCUGGAAAGAAUAAAUGUGACUCAAACAUAA